AUGGAGGUAAGCGCCUUGAACGAGAGCGCCUUGACACCUCUAGAUGUCUCAACUCCCUCGCCAAGGGGAGCACAAGAUAGAGAGAUCGGAGAAAUUCUCACACAAGCCAGAGUUGUGCGCAGAGGAGGACGAUCAAACUCUCUCACUUCAACACCAGUCGCAAAUGCUCCUCAAUCAUCAUUAAGUUCAACAUCUAGAAAAUUAAACCAUGGGGCAGAGUCCUUGGACGAAAUACGCAACGCCCAGCUGGUCGUCGUUGCGCUCAUUGUGAUUGCGACGUACCAAUCCGUGCUUCAGCCUCCAAAAUUCAUAAAAGUUGUCAAUGACAAAAAUUCCAAGGAAGUUGAGCAAAACAAAUAUAACUAUAACGUGACUAGAAUUACUCUAAGUUAUGUCACUCCUCAAAGUAAUGUCGAGCUUGUGGUGUCUAGCCUCUUCCUAUGCGGCAACACAUUCGGGUUCUUUCUGUCAAUCCAGAUGAUCAUUUGCCUCACCAAAUAUCUCCCUGUCAGGCUACCGCUUAUGCUAUCCCUCAUCACAAUGGUUGUAACUUACUUUACCUUCACAACAUCCCUGCUAUUAACUUCACACUUGCAUGCGGGGCCCCUGACGUUGCUUGUAUCAGCUGUUCUUCUAUUGAAACAGAGGCCGUUGGCAGUAGUUAUGAAUCUUUUCUUGGGACGCCUUUUUCGAUUACACCUCCUAGCUGAUAUGUGCAAGCUAGAGAACAAGGACUCAGAGAAUGAGGACUCAGAGGAUAAGGACUUAGAGAAUAAGGACAAAAGUCGUGGUUGUAAAUUAUGA